AUGUGGGAGGGAGGGCACGCCACACGAAUAUAAAUCACAGAAUCAUGCCCGCAAAACCUUGCAGAUUUAUCAAAAACUCAGACGCGACUGUCCUCUGCUCUCCUCGUCCCUCCUAUUUCCUCUCUCAUCUCCGUUGCUCGUGAGACGAUGGCUGAGCAAUUCUUCGGGACGUGGGAUCUCGACGAAAGCCGAAACUUCGACGAAUACAUGAAGGCAAUCGGUGUGGGAUUUGCCACUCGCCACGUGGCCGGGAUGAGCAAACCCACGACCAUCAUCGGCGGCAGCGGUGACCGCAUCUGCCUGAAGACUCUGAGCACCUUCAAGAACACGGAGGUGGAGCUCCGGCUUGGGGAGCCGUUCGAGGAGACCACGGCCGAUGAGAGGAAGGUGCAGAGUGUGGUCACCGUGGAGGAGGGGAAACUCGUGCAGGUGCAGAAGUGGGACGGCAAGGAGACGCGCCUUGUGAGGGAGCUCUCAGGACCUGACAAGCUGAUCCUGACGUGCACCAUGGGCAACGUGGUGGCAUCGCGUAUCUACCACAGGGCAGCGUAGCUGCUGCACCAGCCAAUCACCAACAAGACGCCUGCCCGACCUAUCCGAAUAGCUAUAACCUGCUUACCGCAAUCAUCCCAAUAUCGGAGCAGAGGUUUGGGCGACCUUUGUAAAUUGAGUGUUACCUUCCCCCCACCCACCCCUCUCUCUCUCACGCGAGAGUUUGCUCAGAGUGCUCUUGAUUUGGACACCGUUAACAUGUUAAAUAACAAAAUAAUCACGUGUCAUUCCGGAAAAUAUUAAAUAAGGGGACAAUAUGCUUCCUGCACGUCCCUCCAGAUAAAAAAAAAAAUGUAACCAAAGAGAGUUCUUGCCUGUAAACGUUUUACGGUUCACCAAAAUAUGUUCGAGUAAGCCCGACUGCUGAUGAGACAUUGCGUGUCGAAACCAGUCCAGAGUUUGUUGAAUCAAUGCCGCUGAAAUGACCGCACUCACAGAAGACCGUGUCGAUGAUGGAAUCUGUAAAAAAUAGAAUUUUUAAGUGGAGGGGACGCAUAUGAGGAGGCGGCGAAUCGUGAGUUUAGUAAUUGUGACCGGUUAGUAAAGCACUCGUACCCAAUCGAGCACAAACUUGAGGAAUCCUGCUGCGUAGCAUGAACAGAAAAUCAAGCUCUGGACAAUGCCCUGAAGCCGUCAAAGCCGCAACACCUCGCUAUCCUCCGCCGGAUCCCAGAAGGACUUCACACCAACAAGGAAACUUAAGUAAAGUGGAUACAUAUGAGACGGUUUUCAUGCAAUACCAAUAGCUCCAUUAAACUAACAAACACACUUGCCAGGUUACUGCACACACACACACACACGUCUGGCAAUGCGUACUGCUGUGGGUGGACGGAAGGAGCGGUUUUUGAGAGAUUUUUAGAAACUUUCCCCAUUGUUUCAACUGUCAGGCCAGGGGAUGGAGUCAAACCACAGACCUCUGAGUGGCAGGUCCAAGUGUGCCGCUAACCACGUCUGACGCAUGUGGCAAACCGGUAACCCUUGGUCAUUCAUGCAGGUUCCAUGCAGAAAUGCUAAAACAACAAACACUUGAACAACCCUAAAUAAUUGUCGUUCCUUUAAAAAAAAAAAAAGGUUUUGUGAUUUAAUUCAAACCAAUCGGAGUGUCGUUUGCAAAUACAAAUGCGAAAAUAAGCGAUUUGAACAGCGUCUGCAAAUGCAACUUUAUUAUCCCAGUACUGCAGCCCAAAAGCAAAUGCAGAACUUAUCAAAUUAAAAUGUUGCACGCGAUAUUGCAGGAGAAUUGCACUGAAUGCAUUUUUAAAAUUCCGGCCACCCCAAAAAAUGUUACAGAACAAAAUGGCCAUAAUUUAACACAAUAUAUACCCAACUUAUUUCUGCUCUGCACACAAUCAUUACCCAUAUCAUUAAUUGUGGUAUCAAAUAUAACAUCUUGCUUACAAUAAAUUAUGUUGGUGUAUAAAGACCUGCCAGUCUAUAA